UUGCAUGUUUCUCUUAUCUUUAUACGUUCUGUGUGUGUAUAUAUAAAUACAUCUACUGUAUGUAUAUCUCUUUCUUCUUCAACCACUCACCAAUCAUAUUCACUAUUUCUUCCUGUCAAUAAAUAAACAUAAAACAAUAAUAUAAUGUUAGAUCUUAACUUAAAUUUGCUUCAAACAGAGACCGAGGAAGAAGAAGAAGAAUCCAUCACUUCAAGCUCAUCAGUUUUCAAUACCGAACCUUGUAAUUCCGGCGAAGACGACGGCGAUGGAGACAGCUUACAAUGCUUCAACUUUGAUAUAUUGAAAGUUGGAGAUACGAGUCAGACUCGGACUGAGUUGGUGACUCGGCCUGAGUUAAUGACUCGGAGGCUUUUUCCAAUGAGUGAUGGAGGGAAGUUGUUUCCAAACACUAGUAAUCAUGAGUUGCAAGAAAUGAAAAUGGUACAACAAGUAAAGCCUAUAGUACAACAACAACAACCUGUUGUCAGAAAAAGUAGGAGAGGACCUAGGUCUAGAAGCUCACAGUAUAGAGGUGUUACUUUUUAUAGAAGAACUGGGAGAUGGGAAUCACAUAUUUGGGAUUCUGGGAAACAAGUCUAUUUAGGUGGAUUUGAUACUGCUCAUUCAGCAGCUAGAGCAUAUGAUCGGGCUGCGAUUAAGUUUCGGGGCGUUGAUGCUGAUAUUAAUUUCAAUAUCAGUGAUUAUGAAGAGGAUAUGAGUCAGCAGAUAAAGAAUCUUUCAAAAGAAGAAUUCGUGCAAAUAUUACGCCGUCAUAGCAAUGGGCUAUCAAGGGGUGGUUCGAAGUACAGAGGAGGAGGAACAAUGAACAAAUUUGGGAAAUGGGAAACUCAAAUGAGACAGUCUCCUGGCAAAAACAGCGGAAAUAAUAACCUCAAUAGCAGCAGGGAAGCGGUUGCAUUUGAUGGGCAGAGUGUUGGAUCUCAUUGUGGAAACGGCCACAACCUGGAUCUGAACUUGGGAAUGUCAACCCCUUCGUGUCUUGGAAAGGGCUCAAUCAGGAAUGAGAACUUACCGCAAAUGCAGUUCAAUCAUGCUUUGCAUGACAUUAGAAGACUGCAGGCGGAUAACCCUCCUGCAAUGGCACUUAAAGGGGUACCAAUAAUUUCUGAGCACAAUCAAUCAUGGAAUGGCAUGCUUCCUACCUUCUUUCCCAGCUACAAGGUUGGAGCAACAAAUACUCGAAUGACAGGAGGGUCUUCUCAAGGACCUACAAAUGAUCAUUGUCACUCCUCAACUACACCAUUCGAUGCAGCAUCAUCAGGAUUCCUAGCUCCGGCAGCCACUAAUUAUCCCGUCUUAGCAACCCCGAUAAACUUUCCCGACUACUACUAUCAAAUAAGGCCACCACCGUCGCCGCCACCUGCGCCACCAACUACACCUUAAAUACCAUUAGUCUUGGAACUUAUGGUUUUUCCAUAUAGUGCCAAUGACAAAAUAUCUGGCUAUCAAAUUUUUUGACCUGUCUGUGUGGCCACUGGCCAGGUGGGUAGGUACUAGUAGUUAUUGAAAUUACUUAUGUGUAUGUAUUAUUAAAACUUGUACAUAACUUUUGUUUGGUACUGAUGAUAGAAAACAAAGAAUAUGUCACCAGCUACCCCAAUUUUUGUGUAUGUUUUGGCCAUUGGCUUACUUGAAAGGUCAAGUUGAAGUUCUACGGACAGGGGUUCGCCAUGUUAACUACUUUCAUCAUGAUUUCUAUAACGUGGAAUAAUGUAAAGUUUUUGAUAUAAUGAGAUUUUGAGGUUCUAUGGUGCUCUAA